CCCAUGGGGGCAGCGGGGGCUCUUCGCAUCUCUCCCCCAAGCUGGGCUCCGCCAGAUCUCCGGGAGACCUGCCGCUCUCUGGAUCCUUGGCUCGCGGCAGUGGGUCCCGCCAGGCUCGCCCUCUACACUUCGCUCCGCGACGCCCGUCGCCCCCGGGCCUUCUGCUCGCCAGGCCGGAGCCGCCGACCCGCAGUCGCCUCCCUGUUAACUGCCGCUCCUGCGCCUCCGGUUCCUAAGACGAGAUGCCGUCGGGCUUCCAACAGAUCGGCUCGGAAGGACAGGACGGGGAACUCCCUCAGCAGCGAGUCACUGGGACCCUGGUCCUCGCUGUCUUCUCUGCUGUGCUUGGCUCCCUGCAGUUUGGCUACAACAUUGGGGUCAUCAAUGCCCCGCAGAAGGUGAUCGAACGGAGCUACAAUGAGACGUGGCUGGGGAGGCAGGGGCCUGAGGGACCCGGCUCCAUCCCACCAGGCACCCUCACCACCCUCUGGGCCCUCUCUGUGGCCAUCUUUUCUGUGGGUGGCGUGAUCUCCUCCUUCCUCAUUGGCGUCAUCUCUCAGUGGCUGGGAAGGAAGAGGGCAAUGCUGGUCAACAACAUCCUGGCUGUGCUGGGGGGCGCCCUCAUGGGACUGGCCAACGCUGCUGCGUCCUACGAGAUGCUCAUUCUGGGACGGUUCCUCAUUGGCGCCUACUCGGGGCUCACGUCGGGGCUGGUGCCCAUGUACGUGGGGGAGAUCGCUCCCACUCACCUGCGGGGCGCCUUGGGGACACUCAACCAACUGGCCAUCGUCAUUGGCAUUCUGAUCGCCCAGGUGCUGGGCUUGGAGUCCAUGCUGGGCACGGCCACCCUCUGGCCCCUGCUCCUGGGCAUCACCGUCCUGCCCGCUCUCCUGCAGCUGAUUCUGCUGCCCUUCUGCCCGGAAAGCCCCCGCUACCUCUAUAUCAUCCGGAACCUGGAGGGGCCCGCCAGAAAGAGUCUGAAGCGCCUGACCGGCUGGGCUGACGUGUCUGGCGCGCUGGCCGAGCUGAAGGAGGAGAAGCGGAAGCUGGAGCGGGAGCGGCCACUGUCCCUGCUGCAGCUCCUGGGCAGCCGCACGCACCGGCAGCCCCUGGUCAUCGCCGUCGUGCUGCAGCUGAGCCAGCAGCUGUCUGGCAUCAACGCUGUUUUCUAUUAUUCAACCAGCAUCUUCGAGACAGCGGGGGUAGGGCAGCCGGCCUACGCCACCAUAGGAGCCGGAGUGGUCAACACGGUCUUCACCUUGGUCUCGGUGUUUCUGGUCGAGCGGGCAGGGCGCCGGACGCUGCACCUCCUGGGCCUGGCGGGAAUGUGUGGCUGUGCCAUCUUGAUGACCAUAGCUCUGCUUCUGCUGGAGCGUGUCCCCGCCAUGAGCUACGUCUCCAUCGUGGCCAUCUUCGGUUUCGUCGCGUUCUUUGAGAUUGGCCCUGGCCCCAUCCCCUGGUUCAUCGUGGCCGAGCUGUUCGGCCAGGGCCCCCGCCCAGCGGCCAUGGCCGUGGCUGGCUUCUCCAACUGGACGUGUAACUUCAUCAUCGGCAUGGGUUUCCAGUAUGUCGCGGAGGCUAUGGGGCCCUACGUCUUCCUUCUGUUCGCCGUCCUCCUGCUGGGCUUUUUCAUCUUCACCUUCUUAAGAGUGCCUGAAACCCGAGGCCGGACGUUCGACCAGAUCUCGGCCGACUUCCGCCGGACGCCCUCUCUCUUAGAGCAGGAGGUGAAACCCAGCACGGAACUCGAGUACUUGGGGCCCGACGAGAACGACUGAGGGGCCGGGCAGGGGUGGGAGGGCCGUGCUCUCGCCCCCCUGGAGACCCCUCCUCUCCUCUGUAGCACUUUGGCCCUCUCUUCCCCGUUGCUUCCAGGGUGAAGCCCCUGCAGCCUGGCAGAAUCGGGAAGCUGGAGGGAAGGGUGCUCCGAGCACCCCUCAUUCCCCUCGUGUGACUCUUGGAUUAUUUAUGUGUCGUGGUUAGGCUGUGGCCAUCAGGGUGGGCCGUUCUCCCGGCUCAUCCCCUCCCUCCUCCGGAGCCCAUCCCACCCCCACCUGGCCUCCUUUCCAAAUACUCUCGCCCCCUUGCUAGAGAAGGGGGGGUGCAGGGAGGAGAGGCCCUGGGGCUGACUUCUUAGUGGGUGGAAGGAAGCAAGGAGCAGGAUUGAAGAAGAGAAGUGGCUCCUCCCACUUGCUGGCACUUUCUGUGAAUUCUUGCCACACAGACUCUGGGUGAAGGGGGUCCUGUCUUGACCCCUCCCAGACAGAGGACGCACCCUCCCAAGGCCUAAACUCACCUCUGCUGGCAGGCUCAGCUCUCUCGCUCAAACUUCCAGGGCAAGAGAGCCACGUGCCCAUGCGUGGUGAGAGGGACUGCUCCCCAAGGCUGCCGGUGGGGGUGGGGGGCCCUGCUCUUGCCUCCUCUCUCCUCCUCAAGGCUGUUCUACCCACAAGCUUUUGACCAACUAAGGGAAAGAGGAGUUUGAAAGGCUGCCUGUAAACACGGGGUGGGAGGAGCCUUCAGAUAUUUUUGUAUAUGUUUGCAAAAGGGAUAGGGAGAAGAAACCAAAGGUCUGUUGUACUAAAUGUAUAUAUAUAUAUAUAGAAAGAGAGAGAGAUCCAUACAUAAAGUCACCACAUGCAACACGCGUACUGUCAUGGAGGCACCCGGGCAUGGGCUGCACAGGGACCGCAGCUCCCUGUCCCCCUCUGCGUCCCUCUGUCCACCCUGUCUUAGCUCGAGGCCCAAGGAUCCUCUGGGUGUGGUCACUCUGCCCCCACUUAAAAAAAAAGGCAAUGACUAGGAGCUUAACUAAGCCCUACACCGAACGUGGGGCCUGAACGCA